AUGCCAGCCGUUUCAUAUUCCUCCUGGGUGCGUCUGUUCGAUGCCAUAUCUGAAGCUUACGAAGAUCUCUUAGACUCUUCGGCCUGGCAACGAAUGCUAGGCUGGUGUUUGGCACUGUUUCUUAAUCUAUUACUCAUCCUGUCGAGAAUAGGGGAAGGUCGUGAGAAACCGCCAGAAUCGAACAAGGACAUAAACGUUAGCCGCACAGAAUUUUUCCUGCUGAUUUUCAGUCUUUCUAACGCGUUUUAUGUCUGGGUCAGGAAGAGAAGAUAUCACUUUUUUCAAAGGGAUCAUACGCAAAGACCAAAGGUUGCCAACGCAAGGUUGGUCGAUAUGAAGCUGCCUUACUUUGCUCAAAAUAAAAUUGGAGAAUACCUGAUUCGAAUAUAUUACGAAUUUCUUUUUGAUACACCAUACCGAAGUCAAUAUGUUUGGCAAGUUAACGUUUGGAAUCCUGAUAAUUUUGCACUUUGUCUACUUUGUGGGUUUUCACCGGUGCACGUUGGUAUCCUAAUUCUUAUGAAUCCACGAAUUUGGACCUAUUAUGUUGGCGUAGUCGCAUUCCUGUCCUUGCAGAUGUACGCCAAUGUUUACAUGUUUUCGUCCCUGGUUUCUGAUAGGCAGGCCAUUUACGGAGAAGUUCAGAGAGAGUAUGACGCCAAAUUUGUCAGGCCAAGACUUUUUGUGGAGAAACAGAAUGAUUCCACGCAAACAAAUUUAGACGAUAUUGACAACACGUGGCACUCGUUCGAAUCGAAGCUGUACCCUGAAGGAAUGAACAACCCUUGGGUAGGAUCAUCGUCUUCAGAUUUACGCCAGGACACUUGA